CAGAUCUUCUAAAAUCUCAGUGUGCUUACUUACACCUUGCUUUCCUAGUUCUACAGAAAAUGGCUCAGGGAAGAGGCAGUGCGAUGGCGGCAGCCACGGUGCUACUGUGCUUGUUGCUGCUCCAUUUUGAGUUGGCUCAAGCAGCAACUUACACUGUUGGGGGAUCCAAUGGCUGGACCUUUAACACCUCUGGCUGGCCUAAAGGCAAGCGCUUUAAGGCUGGUGACACACUUGUAUUCAAUUACAACCCUUCAAUCCACAAUGUGGUAGCUGUCAACGAGGCCGGAUACAAAUCAUGCACAACACCAAAAGGUUCUCAAGUUUUCCGGUCAGGCAAGGAUCAGAUCAAGCUUGCAAAGGGCAAAAACUUCUUCCUCUGCAACUUUGUUGGGCACUGUCAGGCUGGAAUGAAAAUAGCAAUCACUGCUGCCUGAUCUGAGAUCAGCCAGGGUCCUGGGUUGAUCAGUUUGCUUUAUCAACUUUAUGUAUUAAUGUUGCACUUUGGUGUCAAAAAGUCAGUACUAGUGCUAGUUUGUGUCAAGACUCAAAGUGAUGAUUAGUUUCCAUGUUAGUCUUUGCUUUUGUUUGAGUGGGUAGUUGCUGGUCCAUAUAAAAUAUAUUAUGAUCAUAGUAGUAUAUAGUUAAAUGGAAAUCUUGUGUAAUAUAUUUGUGGC